AUGGCUCAACGUGUCACUCUCCGCAAACGUCAACCCUACAACACCACAUCGAACCGCCGACGUGUCGUCAAAACGCCCGGUGGCAAGCUUGUUUACCACCAUCUCAAAAAACUUGCUACGCAGCCUAAAUGCGGUGACUGUGGAGUUGGUCUGCCGGGUGUACCUGCCCUUCGUCCUCGUCAAUAUGCUACCAUUUCCAAGCGCCAAAAGACCGUUCGCCGCGCAUAUGGUGGUUCGCGGUGCGGUGACUGUGUGAAGUCCCGAAUCCUCCGGGCAUUCUUGGUAGAGGAAGCCAAAAUCGUGAAGAGGGUGAUCAAGUCCCAAGCAAAGACGGGUGGCCGGAAGUAA